CAUGCUUUCUGGGUCGGAGGGUUGGUUGUGCUCGCCGCCGCUAGCAGAAGCCAGAGCUUUCGGAUCCGACUUUACCGACCGUCCAAGAUGCGAUAAAAUUGUGAAAACAACGCCGUUUUCGCCCGGAUUAAUGAGGCGGCGGAGGCAUGGAGCAGCGGUCGGAGUGCCAGUGGGUCCUGGCUUCUAAGGAUGGCACGGAGCACGCGCUUCCUCCGGGGAUGAUCUUCAUCGGCCGGCAGGAGUGUGACAUCAUCGUGGACUCUGCCAGCGUGGACAAAAGGCACGCGGUGAUCUUCUUCAACCCCAGCGACAAACAGUUCCACGUGAAGGACCUCAACAGCGUAACUGGGACUUACCUCAACGGGAUCCGGAUACCGGAGCAAUCAUACGUGAAGCUCAACCACAUGGACUGCCUGAGGUUUGGCUACGGUCACGAAGUGUUCUACGUCAAGAGAGGCUCGGAACGUGCUGCGUCGUCGUCACCUCUGGGCGUAGUCUCUCCCAAGAGAGCAGUCGGUGGUUUCGGCACCGGGGAUCUCGUCAUCAGCGAGGACACCAACUGUCGCGAGAGGAGCGCACCGGUCUGCGACGCCGCCAUGAGUCCGUCUCCGCCGCCCCGCCGCCGCUCCCCGAGUCCCUUGAGCCCAGUGCGGCUUUCUCAGUCCCCUCCGGAGAGCGUACCCCUGCGGCGGAUCUCGCUGUCCUCCUCCCCUGCCACGCAGUCUUCCUCGACUGCGUCGACUGCGCGGUCACCUUCGACCGCAUCUACGGUGACCUUGCAGUCCCCGAGCCCGUCCCGGCCGUCGGUGAUUUCGCCUACCCUCGGCUCGGGGAAUCGGCAGGACGCCGAUUCGCUGGAGGACCUGAGCCGCACGGAGGAGGACUGUUCGUCAAGCACGGUCCGGGAGGUUGUGCCCGGCGGCCGGCCUCCCCCACACCCCACGACGCUGGCGUGGAAGCCGCUUCGUGCGAGGGCGGGCGUGGAGGACAGCGCUGCAAGCAACGAGUCACCGUCUCCCGGCGAGCUCCGGCCCGAAGGUGAGUAGACGUUAUGCGGGACC